AUGACCAUGUUAUAAAUGUUAUAUUUUGGUAAUGAAAAAAUGUUUUAUUUGGUCUAAAAUUUAAAAUUUGAUUGUCUGCGUUUAGUAUAAAUCAUAUGUAUCCAAUUUUUUUCUAUACAAUGACUACUAAGUUUAAAUUUUUUGAAAAGAUAUUAAGUAAUAAUGUUUGCGAACAUAUACAGAACUCGAAAUAUAUGAAAUUAAAAUAUAACCACAACGAGAAAUGUAUUGUUAUUAAUAUUAACAAUGAUAAUAAAGACAAAAAUAUUAUUAGUUCUGAAUCGUGUGCAAAAUAUACAAGUCCUUUUGAAUCACAUACAUUUAAGGUAGAUAGAGAUAUAUUUAUAAAAGAGACUUUGAACAAUUUCAAUGAAAGUCAACCAUCACAACCAAACCCAAAAAAGGUUGUUUUAGAUUUCAGUUCCCCAAAUAUAGCAAAACCAUUCCAUGCUGGUCACUUAAGGUCGACAAUAAUUGGUAAUUUUAUAGCAAAUAUUAAUACAUUUUUCCAAAAUAAAGUAGUCAAAAUUAAUUAUUUAGGUGAUUGGGGAACCCAGUUUGGAAUUUUACAGUAUGGUUUGAGAUCAAAACAAGUUGAUUUAAGUAAAUUUGAAACAGAUCCUAUUAGACAAUUAUAUGAAAUAUAUGUGGAAGCUAAUAAAAUGGCCUCAAAUGAUGGAAGUGUGCAAGAUGAAGCAAGAAAAUAUUUUGCAAACAUAGAGCAAGGGAAAACAAGCUUAGAAAAUUGGAGAAACAUUAGAGACAUAACAGUUCAAGAGCUAGAAAGAGUAUAUAAUAGAUUAGGAAUUCAAUUUGAUACUUACCACUGGGAAUCAGAUUACAACGGAAAUGCUAUAAAGGAAGUAAUUAGAUUACUUGAAGAAAAUAAAAUAAUCACUGAAACAGAAGAAGGCAAGAAAGUGGCUCAGUUCAGGGGAAAAGAUGUUACAGUUUUAAAGAGUGAUAAUUCAACAUUGUAUCUUUCAAGGGACAUUGCUGCAUUAUUAGACAGAUACGAAAAGUACAAGUUUGAUAAAAUGUUAUAUGUUGUUGAUAAUGCACAGAGUGAUCAUUUUGCUGCAGUAUUUUAUAUUGUUAAUCAAAUUAACAGUAAAUGUGCUAAUGCCUGUGAACAUGUAAAGUUUGGUAGAAUUAAAGGCAUGAGCACAAGAACAGGAAAUGUUGUUUUUCUUAACGAUAUAUUAGAUGAAGCAAAACGUAAAAUGCAGGAGAAACAAAAAGCAUCCAAAAAUACUAGAAGUUCUGCAAUGACUGAGGAGAUAUGUGAUAUUCUCGGCAUCACUGCUGUUGUGAUAAAUGAUUUGAAACAGAAGAGGCAAAGAGAUUAUGUUUUUGACUGGGAUAAAGCUCUCCAGAGUGAAGGAGAUAGUGGAAUAAAGUUACAGUAUCUUCACUGCAGACUGUUCAGUUUAGAACAAAAUAGCGGUGUGAAGAUUCCAGAUGCUUGUGCACCUGAAUAUCUUAAGGAGGAAGUUGUUGGUGAUGUCGUGUUAGAGUUGGCAAGAUAUGAGGAUGUCUUGCAUAGAGCACUCAUAGAGAGAGAAGCGAGUAUCAUAGUUAAUUACCUAUUCCGUCUAGCUAGACAUGUUAACAGAAUGUUUAAUGAAUUAAAUGUAAAAAAUGAGUCUAAUGAUGUUGCAGCUCAAAGAUUAUUAGUGUUCCACACUGCACGAAAAGUUGUUAAAUCUAGUCUUGAAAUUUUAGGAGUAAGGCCUUUAAACCAAAUGUAAUAUAAGAGCAAAUACCGUAGAUUUAUAUUAAUAAAUGUUUCAC